CAAAGUUGGCGGUAAAGAUGGAGGCUGCGGAGAGUAAAACUUUACCCGGAGAUGAAGAAAACCAGGAGCUCAGAGUGCAAAUAACGUCCAAGAAACAAGUGACGGAGCAGAUUAAUAAAUAUAAAGAUGUUUUAAAUAAAACUCUGGACGGACAGAAAGACGUUCCGGAGGAGACGAAGAGAGUUUUACUGCAGGAGCUGCUGGCGAACUUUGAGGCAGCAGUUCAGGACAACGUGUUGGUGAACGGGCAGCCGUGGGAGGAAGCUCCUGAUGCUGAAGCGGAGGACGAGGCUGUGAACCUGGAGGGUCUGCUGGAUGACUCCAUCGUUGAGACCACCAGGAGGCGCCGCACCUUCCCCAGGAAGAUCCUGCCUCAUGUGGUCCACUCGCUCAAGGCUGAACGCAAACUCCUGGGUCUGUAUGAAAACACAGUGAAACCUCAGGAGGAGCUCAGAGACCCUGAUCAAGAGAGCAUCAUGAACGAUCUGUCAGCAGCAGCUCCUGGGAUGGUGAAACAGGCCAUCCAGGUCAUAAAGUCGAUCAACACUCUGCAGAAACAGGCCCAGGGUCUCUGUGAGGUCCUCAACAUGAAGCCCAGCCAGGUUACCAUGGAGAUCCACAGAGAAGUGUUUGGUUUCAGCAGCCAAUCAGACGCCCCGAUGCCUCCCGCGAGGGACCGGCAGCCAAUCAAGAGAGCCGUAGAGGAGGCGGCGGCUGCAGACGGAUACGCUCCUCUCAGGAAGAAACCUGCAGCAGGAGAAACCACACAGGGACUCUGAUACGGACGCAAAUGUUCCUGAGCAGCUUUAAUCAAUCCUCUUAUUAAUUAUUGAUUAUUUUCAUAUUGUCUGGGCUUCACCAGCUCACAGGACUGAUGCUUUUCUGAUCAAUACUUCACAUAUAAACGUUCACAAAACAUGAUUAUCUCGACUGGUUUGGAGGAAGUUUUUAAACGAAGUCUAAAAGAUGUUUGCCACUGAAACAGUUACAUGGAUUUGUGAGGAAAAAGUGCAAGAAAUCACAUGAAAUUCUAAAAAACUGAUGCAAAAUCCAGUUCCAGACUCUGUUUGUAUUAUAACCUGAUGAAUGCAACACAUUUUGUCAUUUUAAAGCCACUUUAACAGCCUGUAAAGACGUUUUCUGGUAAUAUAAAGUUG